GCGAACUCCAAAUCCAAAAAGAUUUGGGGGUAUCAAAGAUUAUUCUACUGGAGGAUCUGCGGCCGCCAUCACAUCGCCGGACAGUGGAGUUGGAGGGAGACAGAGAGGAUGCAUUCGUUCGCGUACCGCCUGAACACCCUCCUCACCUUCUCUCUCCUCCUCCUCGCCGUCCUCUGCGGCGCCGCCUCCUUUCUCGACGCCUUCAAUUCCCCCCUGUCCGCCUCCUCCUCCCAUGUCCAAGCCAGUGCCCAGGUGCUUAAGGUUAAUCGGUUUCGGAGGCAGCUGAAUGGGGCUGAUGAGGUUAGCUUGACAUUCAAUGUUUCUUUGGACGUGCAGCCACUGUUUACAUGGAAUACGAAGCAGGUUUUUGUCUUCCUUGCUGCUGAGUACGAAACUCCAAAGAAUGCCCUUAACCAGAUCUCGCUAUGGGAUCACAUAAUCCUGGAUAAGGACCAGGCAAAGUUCCAGACAAAGGUGACCACCAAGUAUCCUCUAAUCGAUCAGGGAAGCAAUCUCCGUGGUAGAAAAGUUGAUCUUAUUCUCCACUGGCAUGUUAUGCCUAAGACUGGCAGAAUGAUCCGAGACAAGCUGCACCUAUCAGACUUCCAUCUGCCGGAGGCUUAUACGUAGGAGGUUCUGAGGAUCUGGAGACACCGCGAUCCGGCAGCACGGAGCUGUGGAACGUCAUCAACAUGACGGGCGACGACUACCCGCUGCACCCGCACCUGGCGACGUUUCAGGCGAACAAGGUGGUGGAGCUGGUGGACCUGGCGGCCUUCGGCAGCUGCAUGACUACUGCAAAGGGGGACGCGUCGAGAUGCAACGUGGGGGCGCACGCUGUGGGGAGGGAGCCGCCGGUGCCGGACCAAGAGAAGACGUGGAAGAACAUAGUGAAGAUGGAACCGGGUUACAUGACGACGGUGGUGGUGGUGGCGUUCAAGCUGGUGGCCGCGACCCAGAGCUAUGUGAAUUCGCUCCCAUCUCUCUCUCUUUGGUUUGCCGCUUCAUCGUUUCCUCCUUACUGGAUACUGCCUUCUGCAAAUACUGGAUCAUGAAGACAAUGCUAUGAUGUGUCCACUAAAAUUGCUGCCUUGAAAGAGAGAGAGAGAGAGAGAGAGAGAGUCUCAGAAGAAGAAAGUAUUGAAGACAGGCGAUGGUUGCUGCAUUGUGUGGAUUGCAUUUGUAUGCCAAUGAAGAAUAAGGACGGCAUUGGAGUUACUAGUAGAGAUGAGGCUGCAUGAUACUACUUUGACCAAGUCAACUGCAAUAAACUAUAAAUGAAUUCUGGUCUGUCACUC